AUGUCUGAUUCCAGCGAUAAGAAGGGCAAAGCCCCCAAGCGCAAUGAAGAGGAGUCUACUCCAUCAGACUCGGGUAAUGGUGGAAAGAAGCUUCCCGCGAAGUUUGCUUCCUUACUCCUCGAACAAAACCCCGCCCUGAAGAACGAGCUAGCUGCGAUGGACAAGGACCAGGCCGCCGCUCUACUGCACAACAUGGACCUCUCGCAGAUGUUGACCGGAUUGGCAGUGGGAGGCAAGAACCAGAAGGAUAUGGCCUCAUACAAAUUUUGGCAGACACAGCCAGUGCCUGCAUUUGAAGAGGCCGGAAAGAAGCAGAUUACCCAGGGACCUAUCAAGACCAUUGACCCAGAAAAGGUCUCCAAGACUCCCGAUGCGCUCGUUGAGGGGUUCGAGUGGUGCACUCUUGACCUGACGAACGAGGAGGAGUUGAAAGAGCUAUAUGAGCUCCUUAACAAGCAUUAUGUCGAGGAUGAUAACGCCAUGUUCCGUUUCAACUACUCGGAAUCCUUCCUUCAUUGGGCCCUGAUGUCUCCUGGAUGGAAAAAGGAAUGGCAUGUUGGUGUGCGCGCCACAAAGUCGCGCAAGUUGGUUGCAUCCAUCUGCGGUGUCCCGACUGAACUCCGCGUCCGCGGCGAGCGCAUCAAGGUGACGGAGAUCAACUUCUUGUGUAUCCACAAGAAGCUCCGCUCCAAGCGCCUGACUCCCGUCCUGAUCAAGGAGAUUACUCGCCGCUGCUACCUCAGGGGCAUCUACCAGGCUAUCUACACUGGCGGUAUAAUCCUGCCCACACCCGUCAGCUCUUGCCGAUACUACCACCGUUCUCUCGAUUGGCUGAAGCUCUACGAUGUUGGCUUCUCGCCUCUGCCCCAUGGCUCGACCAAGGCCCGCAUGAUCACUAAGAACCACCUCCCUAGCGAGACAUUGACCCCCGGUCUGCGCCCUAUGGAAUCCAAGGAUAUUGAUGCCGUCUUUGAUCUGUUGGAGCGAUACAUGCGGCGCUUCGACUUGAACCAGGCCUUUACACGGGAAGAAAUUGACCACUGGCUGGUGUACAAAGAGCAGCCCGGCAAGGAGCAGGUUGUCUGGUCAUAUGUUGCCGAAGACCCGGAAACCCACAAGAUCACCGACUUUGUAUCGUUCUACAAUCUCGAGUCUACUGUGAUCGACCACCCCAAGCACGAUACAGUCCGUGCCGCAUACUUGUACUACUACGCGACCGAGACCGCGUUCUCUGACGACAAGAAGGCUUUCAAGGAUCGCUUGCAGCUUUUGAUGAACGAUGCCCUAAUUUGCGCAAAGCAGGCUCGCUUUGAUGUCUUCAACGCCCUCACCUCGCAUGACAACCCCCUCUUCCUCGAGGAUCUCAAGUUCGGUGCCGGUGAUGGCCAGCUCCACUUUUACCUAUACAACUACCGUGCUGCACCUAUUGGUGGUGGAAUUAACGAGAAGAACUUGCCCGACGAGUCGAAGAUGGGAGGUGUCGGUAUCGUCAUGCUCUAG